AUGGCGCCGGCAGAGCCCGCCUUCCCGCUGGCGGAAGCGGGAGUGACGACAGCGCUGGCGACGGCAAGAUGGCGGCGCCCAGCCUGCUUCGUGGAGGUGACUGAAGGCAACACGACCACAAUUGAAGGGAGAAUUAUAGAGGAUGCUGAAACACCAACUCCUCCAAACCCCUCUGGCCAGUGUCCCAUCUGUCGCUGGAACCUGAAGCAUAAGUACAAUUAUGUGGAUGUCCUGCUGCUGAGUCAGUUUAUCCGUUCUGAUGGAGGGAUGCUGCCACGAAGGAUCACAGGCCUCUGUUUGGAGGAGCACAAGAAGAUUGCUGUCUGUGUGCAGAUGGCUCACCGUGCAGGUUUGUUGCCAAACCACAGGCCUCCACUUCCUGAAGGGCAUAUUCCCAAGAAACCCAAGCUCAACAGGUACCUGACCCGCUGGUCUGUCAGAUCUGCAAAGCCCAUCUGGAGGAGGGGCCCUAAGUGGUGCAAAAAACCCAUGCCAGUUGGACACCCUUUGCUGAAGGAUAAUGUCAAAUAUACACACAAGCCUCUCUGUUUAAAUCACUAGUUUAGUGGCAUAAACCACUAGAACUGGCAUAGUCAGUAAACACAGCUGUUUUCCACGGUUCUGCUUUUUUUUGCAAGUUUGUCAGUAUCUCCAAUUUUCUUAUUCCAAAACUGUCAUUAGUACUCUGUAUUGUCUCCAGUGAAUGAGCUGUGAUCUGCUCCUCUAGGACAAUACAAGAUUCAGCAAAGC